UUAAUUCCUAAAUUAUAUAGAAAGCCCCGAGUUUGCCAUCCAGCAAAAGACACAAAACACGGCGAGAUUUGAGACCUUUAAAAAAAACAAUGUGAUUUAUUUAAUUUAUUUCCAAGUUUACUGAAUCAAAUCUGACCUGACAGCGUUAAUUUAGCUAAUUUCACACAACUGCAAUAGCAAUGGCAGUCGGGCAGUGAGACACAUGUCAACAGUCUGUGAACCGAAAAACAUUUACGCUGGGGGCGAGAGAAGACACUUAGCAAAAUGUCUCGGCACAGAAAUGUUCGAGGUUACAACUACGAUGAAGAUUUUGACGAUGAUGACAUUUAUGGACAUUCUGUAGAUGACGACUGCUGUAUAUCACCAGCAACAGCAAAUCAGUUUAUCUACUCUCGUCAAGAGAGGCAAGCACCGAAAGAGGGUCCUUUAGAAGAGGAAGAAUAUGAAGAUGAUGUACCCAUAUCCCCUACCACCAGCCACAACCUUGACCCUCUUGACCAAGCCAAGCUGUAUUCCUGUCUGGACCAUAUGCGGACUGUUUUGGGAGAUGCAGUGCCAGACUCAGUCCUGACCCAGGCAGCUAUAAAAUGUGGAUUCGACCCACAGAAAGCAUUGGAUGCAGUCCUAUCUGAAGACGCUAAGACAGCCCCACUUACCAGUACCAAUGAAGAGACGGCUUCGGUAGCAAGAGUUGGCCAGGAGAAAGCACCGCUUCCACAAAGAACCAAACAAGUGGCCGUGGCUGAAAAAGGAGCCCGCUUGUCCGCUUCUCACACAGACAUUACAUCCAACGCAAAUAAACCCCAGACCGAUUUGUGCAAACACAAAUACUUUCAUGUGCAAACAAUUGCACCAAACUUGGGUGACCUCUUAUCGCGACAUAAGGUUGACCCUGUGGUUAGCAGCUCUGACACUCUAAAUUGUAUCCAUCAAACCAGUGGUACAGGUGUUAGCAGUGGUGUCAGUCUGGCACAGCUCAUGUCACAGCAUGAGCAGAAGAGUAAGGCGACAGGAGUAGUUAACACAGGGAGAGGUUUGGGUGUUCCCUCAAAUGCUUUCACCAUAGGACCUAAUUCACCUCCGUCCAUCAUGUCUAAUCAGAAUAGUCUUUCAUUGGGAACAUUGGCAUCUUUAAACAUGACUUCAGCAUCUCACGGCUUAGCUCCCUCGCUUCUCUCAGUUUCGCUCCAUAGUCUGUCGCUGAACACUCCCAAGAUAACAACUGCAAGUUCUUCUCUGGCUGCUCCUCCUGGGUUUGGGAGUCUCAGUUCUUCCCUGUUGAGUAAUCAGCACCCAGUGGGAAUUGGGACUGGAGGCAAAGCCACAAUGGCUGAUCCCAGGGCAAGCCAAUCAUUGGCUGAUUUAAUCCAGGAACAUUCAAACCGCAGCCCAACUAUGAGUUCCUCCUUUCCUACUCCCCAAAGCAGCAUAACUUCUGUGACGUGUCAGGGGAUGGCUGCACCAGCACAAACACUCUCGCUGUCUGGCCUCGCUUCACAGCAUGAAAACAAGAAUAUGCACAUUCAAUCCCAAACACAGAGUACUAAACAACCAGCAAACACACUCGGCUUUUCUAAACCAACCAAAAAUACUCCUGCAUGCUUAGGUGGUACUGUCUCAUUGUCACAGCUAGCCCUGCAACAUCAAAAUAGUUCCUUUACUUCCCCUCAACCCAUCAGGGCGGAAUCUCCAGCAAAUGCUCUGAAACAACCACCUGGCAUCGCUGAGCUGCUCUCUUUGUCACAUUUGGCAUCUGAACACAAAGGCAAAACCUCAACCACCUCAAAUGGGUCACAGUACUCUCUCACCUCGCUCCUUUCACCAGCUAAACCAGAGAGUCCUGAUGUGUUAGCAGAAAGUGCUACAGAGGUUGGGACCAAGCGGAAGCUCGACCACAAGCCAUACAACCAAAACUUCAGGCCACCUAAGCUGAAACAAGCUAUUGAUUUGAGUGCUCUGAUGGCCCAGUCAGAUGAUGCGGGCCCUCGUCCCUUUGACAAUGACCUCCCUUCACCGUUGUCUCCAACUUCAGUGGCCGUGGGGCUUGAUGCUUCAGUUUUUGCAAAACCAUCCGUAUUUGCGAUUACUUUGUCGAUUCAGAGCCACACACAACAGAAGAGGGUAAGAAAUGUAUUGAGGGGGAAAAUAAGAGAUCAGAGGACGAGAAGUGGUUAUCAGGCCUUCCUGUGUAAAUCGCAGGACAAAUCCGGAGAGCAUCAUGGACCACUCUCGCCUAUUGUACCAUUCCGCUUUGACGCGCCUUCACCCGACGACAUCGUCCGUGCUAAUCAGCGAAAAGCUUUCACUAGGUAGAGAAGAGGAUAACAUUUAGCACUUAAUUCAGCUGUGUCUAGUUGGUGCGACAUUGACUCUCUUGGGAUGAGAAGCUGAGAUCUUUCUGGUGGCCUUUCCUCCACCAACUGAGCUAAACUCAAAGAGAUGCAGCAUUCAAUCGUCUGUCUUUUUAACUGAAACACAAUAAACUUUUGGGACCAACAGUACGACGGAAUAACACACUUGUUGCUGAUCAGUGCUAAAUAUUCUUCUUCUAGGAACUGUAUUACUAAAGCAUUAUUUUAUUUUAUAGAGGCAAGCAAACAAGUCAAUUCUGUUUAAGUCAAGCAGGAUUACAGUAAAUACUCAGUCUCUCGCUGCUUUUAAAGUACUAGUAUUUUAUUACCACUACUAAACCUACUAGUAUUUUAUUUUGUCAUUUACUGUAAAUUUUUUUCUACUAUUUAAGUCUAUUUUUCUAUGCUUGGAUGGCCAUUUACUUUUUAAUUGACAUGUUUUGUAUGAGAGUAAAUUAGUUUAAUCUUAGCCAGGGGAAAUUCAGUAUAUAUAUCUUGCUGCAUGACCUCUUUUCUAGUUUUGAUCUGCAUGAACCCUCAAAAGAGAAAAAGAGGUUGAUUUUGUUUGCAGGUGUGCUGCAGCUAUUGGAAUAUGGAUCAGUUAACCAUUGUUCUGGUUUACUGCUGCCUGUGUUUGAGAUCAUGGGGUAGACAUUUUGGUUUAGAGGACACCUGUAGAUUUUCCCAUGAGGGAGCGAGAACAAAUGCACGUGUGCGCGCGCGCGCUCACGCUCACACACACACACACACACACACAAACUCUUUCUUAAUGUUUGAUAUUAAAGAACUGAGUUAACUAUGAAUGCAAGCACUGUGAAUAAAGAGUGCACUAUGUGACUCAAAAUGAAUGCCUUCAGACCUGAGGUAAAAUAAUUUUAGUUUUGCUUUUACUAGCUUUUAAUAUUACAAUGUACAAAUGAGUUUGAUUUACGCUGGGUGUGUCACGACAUUGAGCCAGAGGUUAAUUUACUAAUUUCGAAAUAAAGAUGAUUGCAUGUAGGUACCCUGAA